AUUUCUGAUCAGCGGUUAUAUCAGAAAGGCGAACUGAUUGAGUGUAAGGUAAGCGAAAUGUUUUGCAAAAAAAUUACCCACUAUUCCCUUUGGGAAUAUAAUCCACAUGCGAACAAGAUGUCGUCCAUUUCGCACUUCAGCGAGAGAGGAAUCAAACGAGAUCUUCAAUAUCUUGCCGAUAUCAUUCUCCUUGAUCAUUCAUACGCUAAACCCUGGUCUGCACAUCCGGAUGCAUCUAAAGUACGCCCUGUCAAAACAUUAUUUCUUCCCCGAGAAGGCGUUGAAAAGUUGUCAGUGACUCAACCUAGGGCAGAAGAUGAUAUUGAUGUGUGCGAACCGGCUGCAUCUUCGUGUAAUGCAAGUAUUAUGUACGAUACUGCGAAGGCGAAAGCAGUGAUGGCUGAGUGCGAGAAGUAUGUAAGUACUGUAUCGAGUAAAAAGACCCCGGAUACUUGGGAAGAGCAAAUUUCAAGGUAAGUUUCUGGAUUAUAUAUAUUUAUUGACUGCUGAAAUAAGCUUAAGUUUAAAUUGAGUUUACGUUACAACACGUGUGACUUGACAACUAGUGACAGAAGGAAAAUUGAAGUACUGCUUAACCCGAGGUAUCCAUCAGUCUGUUCAAGUUUUUGCGUUUUAUCUUUGAGAAAUUUGUAACAAGGAAUUAAAGAAUCAUGAGCUCUGCACAUGUGUAUCUUGUAUAUGUUAUGCUUCAAUUUUAUCCUGGGUUAAAAUUUUAUUUUCUUUUGUUUCAAACUCAUUAUCACACGUUAACAUACCCAAAACAAAAGAAAAUUAAAUCUAAACCAAGAAUAAAAUUGAACCUCAACAUAUAAAGAAGCUGAAAGAAGUUUUGGUGUCACACAGUUGGCCUAUGCUUCAAUGCUUCAUUGUUGUAUUUCCCCCACUUGGUAGUAAAUUUGGCCUCUGCCAGUUUGCCCUUUAAAUUUGACAGUCUUGGGACCAAAUGCCGUAGUUUAUGUAUAAUAGACUUUAGCCACUUGACAGCAAAUACAAAGAACAAGAAAUUUAUUACAUGUGUGGGCAGGUUUGGCUUAUUUUUUAAAGCAAACAAUGAAAGUUGUCUUACCAUAGAACAUAUAGCUUAGGAUUAAUUACUUACGCUGUAACUGAUUACCAGUAAAUGAUUAUCUUUUGUAGGAAUGGAUGGGGAAGUAAACAAAAUGUGCUGUUCGACAAAGUCAUAAAGGUCCUUUCAAAUCUUAGACUGUCAAGGUUAACAUAUGAAGGGGUAAGCCUUGGUACAUGUACAUUGCACUUGCUCUUUACACCUUAACUCUUGAUCCAAAGAGAUCAUUCCUGCAUUCUGCGCUAGUAUAAGUAAGCACACACAACAAAACUAGGUCAAGGCUUGGGGGGACAAUAACUGUAUUCACUGCAACAUUCAUUAUGUUUUUAGUUUUCCAGUGUGGUGAUUAUUCAUGGGCAACAUUUAUUUGAGGGCGCUAUUGAUUUUAAAAUCACAUUUCUUAAAUCACUGACAAAACUUUCAGUGUCUCCCUUUUGUCUGAGAUAGAAUGGUACUUGUCUGGAUGUUGUAGAUUACAAAGUUGUUUGAAGUUCAGGGCUCGAAAUAUUUUCGGAUGGUGACUGGACACGACGACCAGCCAAAGAAAAUUUUGCUCAGUCAAGUCUCGUUUCUGACCAGCUGAAAAUAUUUGAUAAACAAGUUAACUGAUGAUUGUGUACUUUCUCAUUUUUGAGCGUGAUAUUACUUUUACAAGGACACAAAAUCUAAGUUUUACAGGUGUGGAUCAUGCUGUUUUUUCAAGAGAGAGAGAAAGUUCUUGUGUGCAUGACUGGUCAGCAGGACUAGCGAGUAAAUUUUUUGGCCGGUCAAGUCACCAUUUUGGCCGGACAUUGUCCAUUGACCAACUGUUAUUUGGAGACCUACAAGGUUUUUCUAAUAACCUUUGAAUACGUGCCACAUUCUUCUGAUUGCCUCAUUGCUAUGAAAAACUUCGCUUAUAACAAAAACAUUGCUUUAAGGUUAUUAGAACUGCUAUAAAGUCAAAAAUAUUGAUCAUGCUUAUAAGAUUGCUUAUUUGAAAUGCACUCUUACCCUGAACUCAAAUUCCAAAAUGAAGGCCACAGUUGGUAUCUAAGAGUGCUAGUUUGCAAAUAUUAUCAAUCACAGGGCAGAAAUCCUUUGCAAUACUUCCCAGUGUUGACAGAAAUAUGCAAUUCUUGAUUUUUUUAGCUUGCAAUAUAACUCAAAAUCACACCUUUAGAUGUGAAAAUUGACACCUCGGAUAUCAAUUUUCUGAAAGCUCAGCUCUCACUUGAGAGACUGUGUAUUUUUUAUUUUGCAAAAUUUCUUAAUUAUUUGAGAACUAAAUUUUUCAAAUUGAAGGGUUUGUAGCAGAUCUAAUACCUUCACAACUUACUGUGAAAGAAUGUGACUGAACUGUCCAUGAAUGAAGUGAAAUGAGAGUAAGGAAAAUAUUAUUUAUUUUUAAGAUGUUCAUGUUGUCCAAGAACUGUAAAUCUGAUCAUUAAUUUCUUGCCACUUGUUUUGUUGAGAGUGGUUGUUGUACACGUAUAAUGCUUGUAUCAUGCCACACAAUGCUCCUUGAGAAGUUAACUCCUGCUCUUUCCUAGAUUCAUUGGCAAUUUGUAAUAAGUACUAAGACAUGUACAUUAUUAUUGUUCCGCAGCUUCCAAAUGAACCAGUCAUGAGACGUAUUACAACUGAUAAGGCAACAAAAAGAAUGAGGCAAAUUUUAAGUGACUCAGAAUGGGUGAGUACAUGUUCAUAAUGUUACUAGGGAGCUCAAACAAUGACGACGGCAAUGAGAAUGACAAAAAGCAAUAGGCAAAACAACAACUUUGCAUGUGCAUCACGCUUUGUUGUACAUUUCCUUGCCGUCAUUGCACGACUAUGAUGUGAAAAUGCCUAAUUUCACAUUUUAUGGUGGAUGUGAACAUAAGGCAACAAUCCAUUUCCUCUUUCUUUUUGUGAACUUAGAUACAGACCUUUAGAGUUCAACUCCUGAAAAAAUCAUUUGACAAAUUAAAAGAGUUUGAAUGAGAGUGAUGAAGUUUGAAACAGCGUGAAUUCACUUUUUCGGUUAAGUUUUCACUGCCGUUGCUGUCGUUGUUGCUUAAGCUCACUACUGUUUUGGUUAAUACCCAUCCCUUCCUGUCUCACACUGUACAUUUUUACUAUAAACUUCACCCAAUAAACAAAUUAGGUUUAUAGAACAAUUAUUGAAAAUAGAUUCAGCCUUUUCCAGUAGACUUGGAUAAAUUCUGGGGGCAGAAUUUCAAACAGAAUAAAUGAUUUUUGAGGCCCGCAUUCUGCCGGCAGAAUAAGGCAUUUUCAAGCAGAAUCUGAGCAGAAUAGGAAAUCAGCGGCACUAAUGAUAUGCAUAACAGUUGUAAGAAAAGUUUAAAACUAAAUAAAAAAACAAAAUGGAAAAUACCUUGUUAUUAAUUUGAUUUUUUAAUAGCUACUACGCACUCACAUUAAAAGUAAGAUGAAAGACAAUUUUUGGUACCCAUAAUGAAUGUCUAAUUAGUUUUUAGAGGUCAGGCUCCCUUCUAUACUUGCGAAAAAUAAAUACAAAUGUACAGCCCAAAGGGCCGAAAUAUUUUGGAUACCAAGAAGAAUUCAAGCUGAAUAAGGGUGUCUGAGCAGAAUUUUGAGCAGAAUAAGCUAUUUUUAUGAGCACUGCCGGCAGGCAGAAUGAGCCAUUUUACCAGCAGAAUUUAUGCAAACCUAUUUUCCAGGCAUUCUAAUAGUCGGAAAGCAGCUGUAGAUCUAUAAAAUUCUGCAAGAUGAGGCUCAGGUGCAUGUUGUGCCAGAUAUAGAUAUUAUUGCGAAGGACCAAAGAAGCCUAAUUUCCGAGUUGGUAUUACACAGUGUGUACAGUGUGAUCCUCUGUUUAACCCUUUAAGUCUUAAUAGUGACUAACAUCGAUUUUCUCCUUACGAUAUCCAUACAAUGUCAAGAGAUUAGGUUAUGAGAAUUAAUAAAAUGAUCACCUAAGGGAAAAUGCCUUGAUCUGUUAUCAAAUUGCCCCAACUCAUUCAUGAAGGAAAUGUAUGGAGAUCAGUUUGGAGAAUUUGUAUGUGGAUAUUGGGGCCUAAAGGGUUAAUGUACUGCUAUGUGACCAACAUUUCUUUCUUCCCUCUGUAGGAGACAAACUUGAUGAAAUGGCUCCACAGUACAUUGCUAGAUGGUUUAAGUAUUCCCUUGUUGGCUUGCUAUCUUGAUGUCCUACAGACUCUGCGAGCCAAAGUGAGUGGAAAUCAAUUAUUAUUAUUGUCCUGGUCUGUUUCCUAGAGCCUGAACCAAUACCAACUGAUCCUAAAAUUUAUUUCUUCCUUGAGGCCAAACUAAUUUGGUGAAAAUAUUGAAAUUGUUCAUUAUGAUAUCACUGUAAAAAUCAGGGGCCUGUUUCUUGAAAGGCCCGCAAACGUUUCAGACCAGGUGAAUAGUAGGACACAAAGUGGGCAAUUUUGCUUUGUCAACUUAUAGUUUUAUUGUUUCAGCUUCAAAAUUAUUGAAACUUUGAUCUUGAAUGAAAACACGGCAAACAUAAAACAGCUUUCUGGGCCCAACCAGGUAGUGGAUCUUUGGAGGAACAGGUCUCUGUGACUGUUUCACAGCUGAUUAACUUUUCGUGCGUGACACAUUAAUAUUCAGAUAAAUACAAAGGUGGUCAGAUGUCUUGAGUUAAAUUUCACUUGACUAUUUUCCCUGCUCUUUCCUAUAGUGCUACUGAUUGAAAUAAGCUAGAACUGAUCUAAUUUUAAGUCAAUAAUGGUAAUAUUUUUCUUGGAAACUGUGAGAUUUGGAGUUUUCCAGGGGCUGUAACACAAUACCUUAAAACACAAGUCUUCGCCAUGAUAAUAUUGACAAGACAGAAAAUUCAGGGAGUAAAACUAGGUGGUUCUUGUGGUUGCUAGAUUUAAAAGUGACCCAAGCCACUAAAGCCAUGGUUUGGUUGCCUGAACCAGUGAUUGGUGUCUGAUUUCAGAAGUGUACAAAGAAAGUGUCAAAAAUACAAUGUCUUUCCUUGGAGUAAUUCCCUUUUGUCCUUUCUUUCGUCAUUAAUUUAGUAAAAUUUCAGUUCUGAUUAAUGUGCAAAAUGCAAAGCUGUUUAUGAUUUUUUAGAUUGCCCCAGUCACUCAGGAUACAUCUAAACACCAUUAUGGUUUUAUUGACUUAAAUCACUCUGACAACGCAACUCAGUAAUAGACUUAUUUUUUGAAAUUAAGAAUGGAGGGCUUCCUCUUGAGGUGCAAGCCACCAGUUAUAAAUUUAUUAUAUAAAUGAAUGAUCCAUUUUUGGGGGGGCGUAAUUUUAAAUUAAGCCGUGACUCAGCUUAGAGGAAAUUCUAAGCCAACUUAAUUUUGACUUGAGCUAUUUUGAACUUAGAAUUCAGGGAUACUGACCUUAGUGGUGACCAAGCACUCAAGUUAACUCUUAGCCCUGUAAAUUACAUGUAGGUGUAGAGUUUGCUCAAACAUGGUUGCUUAUUUGCAGAUUCCAACCCUUGUUGAUCGCAUGCUUAUACAGCCAUCUAGUCAGCGCCGUGGACUUGCAGCCAGUUCAGAGGCCUUAAGCUUACUAUUAAAGAGACCAUGGGACCCUGCACAUGGCCUGGUGACUCAGCAUAAACAGGUAACACCCCACACUCCCCUUCCCUCACUCAAGAAAAUAGAUCCACCUACCAACACCUACAUGUACAGUCACUUUCAGAUAUCACAAGAUACACUGGGCCCAGUUGUUCCAUAAUUUUCCAUCAUUUGCACAAACAGGGCCUGAAGUAUAGAUCUUUCCCUUAUAACUAAGCAUGCAGGAUUUCCCUAAUUCUCAUGGCAUUGUAAAAUACUCUGUUUAUUUCUCAAGUCGUUUAAAACAGCAGUGACGGCAGCAUCACAAAAGCCAUGACAUGAUUUCAUUAACACUUGAGUUUUUAAACAUGCGGAAGAGAAAAUGUUUAUUACGUUGAAUGGCUUAAAAUCACUCACAGCCUUCAAUUUUGCAAACAGUUGAAUUGUGUGAUCUAUUUUACUUGAGAACAGUACAAAGUACUGUUACAGCUUGUACUUCAUCACAAAUUUGUUGUCAAUUACUUGGAACUACAUGUAGGCAAGAAAUUGAAGAAAGUAUAAAUUAUAAUUUUAUAGCUCCAGAUUUGAACAUUCCAAGUUAGUUUAGUGUACUAUCUUUCUAUCAAAGUAGCCAAAGCGCAGACUUCUUAUAUCCAAGAAAAAUCAUCAGCCCUCAGUCCUUAAUUACAGGCCUAAUCUCUUUAUCCAAAGCGCAAACUCCCCGGCACUCCAUUGUUACUGAUUGUACCAAGUGGUCCCACAACAAGUGUAAGUGCUGGUACAUCAUCCAAACGAACUCGCUUCUGGCAUAACCAACUUUCUGUCCUCGGCAAAGUUGUUCCCGUCACGAUGCACACCAGCAAUGGGGGAAGUGGUGUAUCCAUCAAUCAGUGCCUUGAUCACAUCAUUGGUGCUGUCAGGAUUAAAGUGCUGGAGGUAUAAUGUGUACAUUUUAAUAAGCUACCACAUAGCACAGGGAACCUGAAUGCUGUAUUAUUUACCUGUGCUUAUGAGUCUGUGUGUGAGUCGUUUUGGGAAGGGAUUCCAAUCAGAUCAAAGACGGUUUGCCAUGCUGGUUUCAAUUGUUUUUCGUCUGGUGCGUCAUGCAUAGGAUGCGACAGUUACAUCUCAAGUUUUUGAAACUCUUCUUGGAAAAGAAGAGAAGAGACAAAAGAGUACUCUGUUCUCUUCUCUUCUCUUGACCAUUCAAUUGAGACACAAGAGUGUCUCCCAAGGAUAGUUAAUAGUAAUGGAAACUUGAGACGUGACUGUCAUGUGCCAGACAAGAUUGAACAUUUGAAACCAGCAGCGUAAACCAUCUUCGAUCUAAUUCAAAUCCCUUCAAAACUCAUGAAGACUCAGGAACUGCUUAUGAGAUAGCUAAUACAGCAUUUGGGUGCCCUAUGCACAUAGCAGUUUUCAGUGGAGGAAGCCCUGAAAGGCUCUCACUGUGCUUUUCUUUUCUGUUGUAAUUAGAAUGAAGCGGAACUCAAAACGUUGUCUCAAAACUGGAAUUGCAUAUCAAAAUUAUGCAUGGUUCAAUUUGACCUAAUACCAUGCCCCCCCCCCCCUUCUGGGGAGUUGCAAUUUUUUUCUCUCCUGGUGGUUAAUUCCCCUCCCCCGGGAACGCACAAGGAGACAUUUCCCUACCCCCUAGCUCCAGAUCGACCUCAUAUACGUUUUUUGUGGGGUACAUCUUUUUGAGAACAGUGAAGUAAUUUCCAUACAAUAGCAAAACGAGACUUUUUCAGAACUUUUGUAAGCGCUUUCUAUAGUUUAUUGAGAGAAGAAUAAUGCAUGUAUGACAGUGUCCUGUCCUACCCCCAGUACAGGACCGCUCCAAACAGUUCCCCACCCCUUAGCCCGAAGGGUUGGACUUUUCCGGGCGGUUACCCUGGGGGGUGGUAACAGGUCAAUUUGAACUGUGCAUUAUCUUCUUUCAUUCUUAUGUUGCCUUUUUUUUCAGUUAAGAAGUCAUUUUCCCAAUCGUCCCAUUAUUUUGCUCGGCUGGUCGGUUGGUGCUUUGGUAUCUUGCCAGGUAAACUCUUUGUCAGUGAUGGAUGUGCAUGUGUAGAUGUUAUUUUUGUUCAGAAUCUAUGUAAACCCUUGUAUUCCUGGUGGAAUUAGAGUGAAAACAUUACAAAAUGUAAUUUGUUUAUCGUCGAAGCAUUUAGGAGUUCUUAAGAACUUGUUUAAACGUGUCUGUGCGUUCCAGAUCGAUUUGGAAUUUGCAAGUGUUGGUUUUUGAGAAGAAGGGAAAACUGGAGUACCCGGAGAAAAACCUCUCGGAGAGCAGGAGAGAACCAAACAAAAAGUUUAGAACAAAGGUUAUUGUUGAGUUGUCUCUUGUGGUUGACAAAACACAAUUGAUCCCUUAAGAGCCCCAAAAGUUCUAGGCAAUGAUAUUUAUUUCUUCAAACAGAUAUUGUACUGAAAAAAGGCGCGCGAUGCCCUUAGCAGUCAGACUUUGACUUUAUUUGGGACCUGCUGCUUGCACAUCUAGUAUUUUGACCCCUGGGGCAUGCCUCCUUUUUCCUUUCAAACUAAUGCAGUGACACCGCAUUGAUAGUGGCACCCAAAGGACGGAUUUAAGUGUCCUUACCGUAGGGGUCUCCAUAGUAAAGAUGAAAGAAUUGUAUGAAGUUCACAUCUCUGAGACUAAGUGAAUUGCCCUUAAUAUAGAAGAGCCCGUAACGAGAGUUUGGCUCUGUGUGCUUCUCUCAUGAAUGAACGGUGUUUUUAUGCAACUUUGCUUAAUUCAGUCUCAUCAAAUGAUGUAAGAAUUGUAUGAAGUUCACAUCUCUGAGACCAAGUGAUUUGACUAUCCGUAAUCAAGUGUCUGUAAGGAGAGUUUCAGCUCUGUGUGCUUCUGUCAUGAAUAAAGGGUGUUUUUAUGCAACUUUGCUUAAUUCGAUGUCAUCAAAUCCAUACAGGUUGCACUGAUGGAGUCUGUCUGUGCUGUUGUCUGUCUUGGAUUUCCUAUCACUGGUCUUAGUGGAGUCAGAGUGGUUAGUUGUUUACUUUUUUACUCUCUUUAGGGAGUUCAAGAUGUCACGACGACGACAACAACGAUAACGUCAAAAAAUCAACAGGUUAAGGCUAUGCUCACAUUAUAGUAUGAACAGUAUUGGCCCAACAACGACAACGUCAAAAAAGCAAUAGGUUAAGGCUAUGCUCACAUUAUAGUAUGAACAGUAUUGGCCCAACAACGACAACGUCAAAAAAGCAAUAGGUUAAGGCUAUGCUCACAUUAUAGUAUGAACAGUAUUGGCCCAACAACGACAACGUCAAAAAAGCAAUAGGUUAAGGCUAUGCUCACAUUAUAGUAUGAACAGUAUUGGCCCAACAACGGCAAUGUCAAAAAAGCAACAGGUUAAGGCUAUGCUCACAUUAUAGUAUGAACAGUAUUGGUCCGGCGCGGCACAAAUCGUUCACACACAUCGAAACAUCGCGUCGGCGCGGUUGGCCAAGAGGGUUCGGUGCACUGAACUCCAGUCCUCAUUCCAGAAUACUUACUUUCGUCUCAGUGGGUUCCACUCCUCGCUCCUACUUAUUUAUUUUCGCGACGGGCCGAAUAGUUGUUCACACUGCGCCAUAGUGUGGCACAAAACCUAUCCGACAUGUGAUGCUCUUCUUUCGAGAUCGGCGUGGGGCGGCUUCGCUUCGUCACAGAAAUCGGGCCGCCACGACCGUUCUUGUGUGUGAACAGAAACAAUAUCCGGUAUGAUUUUCGUGGCGGCGAGAAAGCUAUUCGAUAUGGAGCAUAGCCUUAGAUCAGCAAAAUAACAAGUCUGCACGUGAAUCACGUUUUUUUGUACAUUUCGUUGCCGUCACUGUGCGACUAGUACGUGAAAAUGCCUAGUUUCACGUUGUAUUGAGAUCGUGAACAAAGAAAGACGAUUUUCUCGUUCUCUUUUUGAACUUGGAUAUUUUUCUCAAGACUUCAACUCCAGGAGAGCUCGCUUACAUUAGACAAAUAAAGCGUGUUGGGAUAAUCACACCAAGGUUCAAAGAACGCUCAGUUUUCACCACCGUUGCUGUCGUGGCAUCUUAAACUUCCCACUGUCUGCUUGCUUUAUACUAGAAAAAUUAGAAAUUGACCACAUUAACAUUAUUCAUUUUUUACAGGGAGUGGAAGAUCCUCUUUUAGAGCUUAAAACUCCAACCUUGUUUGUCAUCGGCUCACACUCAACCCUGACCUCUCAGGAGGAAGUUGAGGUACGUCUACUUGUAAACCCCAUAGCUAGCCCCUUAUUUUUUAGACUGUUCACAGUCCUCUAUUUUCCCGUAAGAUCGUCGAGAUCGAGCGCUUUGCGUCACGGGCUUUCAUCUUGCUUGAGAGUCAAAACUACAUCGGUUCAUAUACAUUUGAAAUUUAAGGCAGCCAUCAUUAACGGUAACACGCGCUAUAUCUCAACGAUCUCACGAAAAAUAGGGGACUGUGAACAGUCUAUAUUUUUUUUAACUCCCAAUGUUUUAAACCAGUUCUCAAGUCAAGUUCAAGUAUGUACAGUUUGACCCCUUCACACUCAGUAGUUUCCAAGAGUAUUUAAAUUAUGCUUACAAACAUUAGUGUGAAGCCAACAUAUUUUGCUGUUGUGGCGCUUACAUCUUAGGCCUCCGCAGAGAUUCAGCUUUGACUUUUUGGCCUUCAAUCGAAGUCCACUUCGGUGAACUGUUUCUGUUUCUUUUCUUCACCACUGUUUCUGUACACAUCUCCUUGAUUUUAAAAGUAGUUUAGUGGACUUUCCUUAUCUGUGUUCUUUACUUCUAUGCAGGAGAUGCGUGAGAAGAUGAAGACUGACACAAGUUUGUUGGUGGUGGGUGGAGCCGAUGAACAGGUCAGUUCUGGAUGAAUCUUUCUAGUGGCUUGUUCUUCGAAAGUUCCUAGAUUAAAAUUAAAGUCAUUGCCAAUCAAUCAGCUUGGGAGCCGGUGCCUUAAGAGUUAGGGAUCAUUAUACCUACCCCUCCCCUAAGCCAACACUUACUUCUCACUAAGGGAAAAUAUUGACUUUGGGGAGGGGUAGGUGGGCAGUUUCUCAGAAACUUAUAAUGAUCCAAAGUUAGCGGUGUGGGGCCUACAAUAACCCAGGCAUCACAAUGCAGAGAGGUAUCCAUAGCAACCCUGCAAGCAGGAACCACCCCUGUUACAGCCACUAGGAAGCUUAAGCAACGACGACGGCGACGUCAACGAGAACGGCAAAAAAAGCGAUAGGUUUAGAUUAGCAAAACAACAACAAUCUGCACGUGCGUCGCGCUUUAUUGUACAUUUUUGUGCCGUCACCGCACGACUACGACGCGAAAAUGCCUAAUCCGAUUUCACGUUUUGUGGAGAACGUAAACACAACGACUUUCUUUCUACUUUCCUGCACUUCGAUACAGUCUUUCAGAAAUUUCAACUUCAGAAGAGAUUGCCAACAUUUGAUGAAUUGAACGAGGUGGAAUAAGCGCGAUAAAGUUUGAUGCAACACGAUUUCAUUUUUUGGGGGACGUUUUCGUAGCCGUGGCCGUCGUUGUUGCUUAAGCUUCCCACUAACAGGCACACGCGAACCUGAUCUAGUGAAGUAGAGUCAACUGAUCGGAUACUCACCUGCACGAACAGACCAACCUUGGGGGAUGGGUAGGUAGGGCAAGAGGAAUCUGCAAAGAGGCACAGAAAAAACGAACCAUAGAUCGGCAACUAAGUGCUCUGCGAGGAAGACAAAACUGAGGUAAUGUGUAGAGAGCCCUGUAACCUAAAGGGGCGUCCCCGCAGAACGCCAAUUCACCAACAGACGCAAGAACAGUGUCGUCAAUUAUUACGUGCGUGUUAAUAUAGUACUUAACAAUGUUGACAGAUAAACAUAUUUUCCUUUAUUGCUCUUGACAAUGUUUAUUCCUGGUACACGAUAAAUAGGUAUAGUUAGCUGUUCAAGGAUUGGAGAUUAAAUGGAUCUCAUUCUUUUACAUUUUAGCUACGUUUGACUCGUGCUAAGAAGAAACAAGAAGGCCUGACUCAGAGUAUGGUCGAUCGGUUGAUCAUGGUAUGAAUAUGUUUCGUUUUUGGUGUAGAGAAGAUUUGUUUUCGUUUGUUUAACAGACCAUUAAGUUAUUUUGUCUGCUUUUUUUGUCUUUAGGAUGAAAUUGGUGACUUUUUAGGCAAUGUGUUAACCUGCAUGAACAGCAGCAGUGUACACAACAGAAACGAUUCCUCGGAUGUGGAUGAAGCCGACGUACGCAAAAAGAAAAGAAAGCGGUCCGUGUCUCGCGAUUUGAGCUCGGAAAUGGAGCGCUCUGUGGGUAAGCAUGCGCUAACGUCACAACCAUCGGCGAAGAAGUCGACUCCUCAAAAGAGCUCGGUUCAAGAACAGGGCAAAACGAUGUUGAAACUUCCGCUCGGCAACAGUAUGGGGGCGUUAAGUCGGGGAGGGCUUGCGCUUAGCCAGCCUAGUCCUGCCAAAAGACCAAGGACGUCCAAGUCGAAGACAAAAACGGCAAACCCGCCUCCGGGAAUAAUUCACGUGACUGGAGCUGCACCUGCAAGUGUUGUCAGCAGUGUACCUCAAGGAAUUCCCGUGCAUCCGGGGACCUUGCCCGGUUUUCCGCUUCAUGGUGCUACUGUGGCACGUCAAGUACCCCUACAAGGUGCCUCUGCCGCCGCGCUUGCGUCCGCUGGCCGAGGACAGACCUUUAUUUCGCUAACCCCGAAGAGUUCGGACCCCGGAGCCAGGGUCACACAGACCCUGAUCACCAUCCCGCGUGGGAGCUCUCCCUCCGUUUUGUCGUCAAAUACCGCGGGUGGGCAGACUGUGCAAUACAUAAUUAAACCUCAGAGUCAGCGACACGCCCCUGUGUCCCUGAGUGCUGUCAGUGCCUCUUUGUCAGCACAAGGGGCUGUUGUGCCCUCUGGUGCCCAGAUACCCGUGAGGACCAUCGUAUCGGCGCCAGUUAGGCAAACACCUCUAUCCCAAUCCGCUAGUUCGUCGUUUACUUCCGUAAUGAGCCUCAAAGGUACUGCUGUAACAACGCAGGCACCGUCCUUUGCGUCUAGUAUCGUUCCAGCGUCGGCUGCUGCUGCUUCUCUAACUACAUCUUCCUCCUUUGGGAAAUUUCCUGCGUCAUCGGCUGUCCUGACUUCCGGCCGACAAACAUUUACUCGAGUGGCGGGCGAAGCAACACAGCCGUCAACCAUCAGUGUUCUAACCAAGGACGGUAAUAAGCUGAUGGUUUCUCAGGCGCUAUCGUCAGCUGGUCUAAAGGGAUCUUACAAGCUUGUCAGUGGUUCGGCUUUGCAGACUGCUGUACCGGCUGGAACCAACACUGCAAUGACUGGUGGUCAAUCCGCUCAAGUCGUUCUUAGCCAUCCUGUCCGACCGUCCUCCAGUGGCUCGCAGGUGCAGGUCACUCACAAAGGCUCCAGUGUCCCCGGCAGCAUUGUCACCUCGCUGCCUGUAAGCCUUGCUGCAUUAGCUGGAAAACUGCCUGGUAACACCACUGUGUCACAGUCCGGUGGUCGAGUCACUCUCGUGCAGAGCACUCGGGCGGCUACCAUUCCGAGCCAAAUGGUCACCUCCGUACAGAGACCCACGGCAAACAGGGUUACGAACCUUGCGUCUGGCUCAUUAGCGAGUCUUCAAACUGCGGUUACGGUCGCCAGAACAGGAACCAAUCAGUCAGGCAAGAUAAUAUCUUCUCCUGUUCUCGUUGCCAGUAGUCAGCAUGGAACAACAACUGUAGCCGCUAAAGCGGUUGGUAAUCCUGUGGCGUAUGCACAGGGUGCACGUAAAACGGCACAACCCACCUAUGUUUUGUCCAGCACGACAGUUUCAGCGACCAAAGUGGUACCAUCACCACUUGGGUCAACAGUAGGAGGAGCGAUAAGAGCGACUAGUGGUUCUGUUAACACCACUGUCCCUACGAGCUCUGCAGUAAGGAGUGCCACGCAGUUGGUUUCAUUGGCAGAAGCGGGGACUGUGAAGCAGGCGCCUGUCACCGCCCAAUCGCAAGAAAAGAAGGAGACCGUUUUGAAAACUGAUCACAGUAGCGACUCUGUUAAAGCGGUUUCUUCGUCUUGAAUUUAAAGGCAUUGAGCUUCAAUCGGCGACAAAAGUUGAGACACUCCACCUUUAAUUAAGAGCCUAUCUAACGUUUUGUCGACUUUCCAAGAGGAAAAUGAAGCUUUCCCUCUCCCAUCCCCGUAAUUUAAGGGCAGUGUAAUUUUCAGAGGUGUUUAUGACAAAACGUUGACCUUUUCGUUAACUGCUAUGAUGUAAAUUGUGGUUUAAAAGAGAAAGAGAUGCGUCUCUGUAUACAUUUACAUCGUCGUACAAUUGUCCUGUUGUUGCUAUCUGUGUUGCUAUCGACCAUUUCAAGUUCGUGCGUGAGACAAGACUGGCCAGUGUCGUGUCGAAUUGCCCUACGAAGUGGUUUUGGAGAU